UUGUCUCAUGAUUAUUCAUGUUUAUUCAACAAAAAAUAUGUUUCAGAAUGUUCACCGUUCCAGUAUCGUUGUCGAUGUGGAGCUGUGAAAUGCAUUGAUAUCGAGAGAAUUAACGACAACUAUCCGGAUUGUGAUGACGGAUCUGACGAGUUCGGUUUUCAACAUACUGAUCAGUUGUCUUAUGCGUGUACCGAGCAGCAAUUGGAAGUCAGCGAUUCCGUACCCAUAUCGUUCGCUCCGCCCCUGAUCCCUUGUACGGCUUCAGUGAAGCUGCGGUGCAAAGCAAACAGCAACGAAAUAUGCAUUAUGAUACUAGGAAAGCCGACUUGCGCUUGUAGGCGCGGGUUUACCCGUAUCCGUGGAAGGACCGAUUGCUUGCCAACCGAGCCAGUAUAUGUUUGGGCAGCCGCUUCAACGAAUGCCGAACAGGGUCAAAAGAGACCGUACCUCUCGCGCGAUUUCACUCUUCGAUCAGAGAGACUCUGUCGUAGGCGGGACAACAGAUCGUGCAUAAGCGAGAACGAAAUUUGUGCGACGAAGCAUGGUAUGCUGUCCUGCACCUGCAAAGCCGGAUAUGUUCGAAACCCAAGCAACGAGUCAUGCCAGAUACAUGAGGUACAUUCUCUGUUGUGUGCUUGUCAAGGGUUGCAGAACGAAUGCGAAAAGAGCAGCACUAAUGAUUGCGACGUCAACGCGUUGUGCAUCGAUAAUCCGCUGUCGUACGAAUGCCUGUGCAAGGAGGGUUACCUGGACACGUCGCCUCUUCCACACUCGCUGCCCGGACGAAGCUGCAUUCCGCUGCAAUUUAAAUGCAAGGACGAAAACGGAAGCGCGUGCGAUUCAAAUGCAGAAUGUCUGCAUAUUUUGGGAAGCUUUAUAUGUCGCUGCAAACCCGGAUUUUAUGACGCUUCUCCUGACAAGCUGUCGAAUCCUGGAAAAGCAUGCAUCGAAGGUAAGGUAAUUUCGAGACAAAUGCUGUACGUUUUCGUGGCUGAUGACUAUGCAAUAAGAUAUUAAAC